AGCCGCCGCGGGUGAGAGCGGACACUGACUGACUGACCGGGUAAACUCCCCCCCGUGGGGGCGGCGGCGGCGGCGGCGGCGGCUCGGCGGUCGAGGGAAGGUUGCUGCGCAUAGUUCGGGCCGGUGAGCGCUGAGUUGCCAAGGCACCUCUGUCUAUAUGUGUUGCACCAAAUGUUGGAAAAAUGACAGAUGACAGAGAUGUACUACGGGACGUUUGGUUUGGGAGAAUACCGACCUGCUUCACGCUGUCUCAGGAUGAAAUAACGGAGAGAGAGGUCGAACCUUACUAUCUGCUUCUACCAAGGGUCAGCUACCUGAUGCUCGUCACGGACAAAGCUAAAAAACACUUCCAGAAAGUUAUGAGACAAGAGGAUGUGGGAGAGAUGUGGUUUGAAUAUGAAGGUGCACCUCUGAAGUGGCAUUAUCCCAUUGGCUUACUCUUCGAUCUGCAUGCGUCGAACGCUGCACUGCCGUGGAACGUUAUAGUUCACUUUAAGAAUUUUCCCGAAACUGAAAUACUUCAUUGCCUCACGAAAGACGCGGUCGAGGCUCAUUUUAUGUCUUCCAUUAAAGAAGCUGAUGCCUUAAAACACAAAAGUCAAGUCAUCAAUGAGAUGUUGAAAAAGGAUCACAAGCAGCUUUGGAUGGGCUUACAAAAUGAUAAAUUUGACCAGUUUUGGGCCAUCAAUCGAAAACUUAUGGAGUACCCGACAGAGGAAGGCGGAUUCCGGUACAUUCCAUUUCGGAUAUAUCAGCCUCUAAACGAGCGACCAUUCAUUCAGAAGCUUUUUCGUCCAGCCAGCACAGAAGGACAGCCACAUAAUCUUGGUGACUUGUUGAAAGAAUUGGUUCCUAUCAGUGUAACGUCUGAAGAUAUGGAGAAGCAAUAUCAAGUCGUGAUCCACGGGAUUGAACCGAUGCUGGAAACGCCUUUGCAGUGGCUCAGUGAGUAUCUGAGCUACCCAGACAAUUUCCUGCACAUUAGCAUCAUCCCCGUGCCCAGAGACUGAGGGGGCGAGCAACACGAUGGGAGAGCGAAGCCCGCCCGCGCCCCUUGCCCCCGGACUUGCCUCAGCGGGUGCCGCUUCCCACUUCCGCGGGAGCCUGUCGGAUAGCAGCUUGAGCCGGAACUACCAGCCGCUCGCUGCAAGCCGUGACGGGAAGAGGUCCCCAGCGCCAGAUGAGGGUCCGAGUUUGUAUCGCCACCAUAAACCUGCUAUUGUCGUCAAAAUACUCAACUGCAACCCGAACACUUUCCCAAGCCACUUGUUGUCACGUUUCUUCGUGGAAGGCAGAGCGUGAUAUUUUCGAAGGCUCCAAGCAACGGAAACAUGUCGCACUUGAUUUCUGAUGAGCAAAUCAUCGGGGGGGGGGGGGGGAGGGUCUAUCCAAAAGUGACGGUCAUUUUAAUUGCAGAACGAGAGGAUGGAAGGACACGUCGUUGCUUCCCAAAGGAUAUGCUGCCUCUCACAAUAACAAAUUCUUCAAGAUUUGCAGAUAUGGUUUGCAGAUUUGCCAUCAUUUGUUUUUUUUCUCUCUCGAAUACUCGACCACUCUCUCCCUUCGUUCCUACCUCCUUAAGGGCCUGUCCCACCAGCAUGCAAUUGCAUGCGUCUAGCGCGACCAAACGUGGUCGUUUGAGGCGU